ACACCGUGUACGAAUGUAAUCGUUGUCGCUACUUUGACAUCGUUUACCGUUAAACAACACGAUGUCCUUAAAUGUCAGUUGCUGUUGUAUUUUUUUCCAAACAAAAUUCAGUUUGUGCUCAUCCGUCGGAGUGUUUUGGUGUUCGGUGAUGACGCGAACGCAUCAACGCAACGCGCGUGUUACAUUCGUUAUAGCCUUUAAAGCGAUAGCUGCGUGUCACCGUUAGUGUGUGCGGCAUACAGCACCAAAAGUGUCGCCUGAAAAUUAAGUGAAAGACAAUGCAGUGAAGUUUUAAUAAUUAGAAUGUUAGCAUCGGCAGUUGAUUUUGACGCCAUGUUUUAGUGAACGACACGCAUGUGUUUCUUGGAUAGACGAAACGAAGUUCUACAACAAUAAAUUGUAAGGAAAAAUGCUAAUUUUUUGCAAGUGCAGAAUUAAGUGCGUGUAUAUUGAAGGCUGUAGGUGCAAGAUAAUUAAAUGCUAAUAAAAUACAUACAUACAAAUGUUGAAUAUAAAACAAAUUUAUGAAAACCAGAAAGAAGUGCGAGGCAGAAAUUGGCACAAAGGAAUAAAAUACAUGCGUGCUACAUGAUGUUGCAUGAAAGAAAAAUAAACAUAUCAAGUGAAAAUUAAUAAAAAUACACACUUAUACAUAUGUACAUAUCUGCAAAGUUUGCAAAAGCGACAAGAAAAAAACAGCAACAAACGAAAAAGUCGAGUUAACUCCAAUUAGAAUAUGCUAACGUCUUAAGCCACACGUGUGUCGUGUCUACGAAAUUCCUCGAGUUGCUGCUAUGGAAAGUUAAUAAACGUGUUCAAACGAACUUAGACGACAGCUUCGAUCGUCGAAAUAAAAAAGGACAUUCAAAAGAUUAACAACAAAACUACCGAAUGCCAUAAAAAAUAAUUAUCCUGAAAAGUGAAAACGCAACUACGCUUACGUCUCUAUAGAGUUGAGUAAGUCUACGCUAGCUGGAGCUGACUGCAACGCGCUUUAUCGCACUCCUUGUCACGCUAACCGACAGCCUAUUGGUCUUGAGCUCAACGCGGCUGUUGUUGUUGUGGCUGGAUUCAUUACUGUGGCCAGUGGAAAAAACUGUCAUCAAAGUGUAAUGAUAAUGUUAACAAUGUGGAAAAUUUUUAUUGCGUUCACAUUGGUGACGUUGCGCGCGACAUUUGUGGCAGCACGCUUGCAUUCGUCCAACAGUCUGAUGUUGCAUGCAGCUGGAGUUGGUGGCGGCAGCGGUGGCAUUGGUGGCCUGACUGGCGGCUCGUUAACCAACAAAGAUGCGCACGUGAAAACAAAAGACAUCGAUGCCGUGGAAGGCAAAUCCGUCUCCCUGCCAUGUCCGAUCAGUGCACCGCUGAGUGACGUUUACAUGGUCUUAUGGUUCCGCGAUAAUGCCGGUAUACCGUUAUACAGCUUUGAUGUACGCGAUAAAGUGAAUAACGACCAACCGCGGCAUUGGUCAGCGCCGGAGGUGUUCGGUUCUCGUGCCAAAUUUCACUUCGAUUCACAGCCGGCAACAUUGGAAAUUAAGGAUAUCAAGCGACACGACCAAGGUGUUUACCGCUGCCGCAUCGACUUCCGUACAAGUCAAACGCAAAGCUUCCGCUUCAACCUCACCGUAAUAAUACUUCCCGAACAGCCAAUUAUAUUGGAUCGCUGGGGGCGACAGCUGAAUGGCACGCUGCUCGGACCGAAGCAGGAAGGUGAUGAUAUUGUUAUCACGUGUCGUGUGGUGGGAGGUCGCCCUCAACCUCAAGUACGCUGGCUCGUAAAUGGACUACUUGUCGACAAUCAAUACGAACACAAUUCCGGCGAUGUUAUCGAGAAUAGGCUACUUUGGCCGUCGGUUCAACGGACUGAUUUAAAUUCCGUUUUUACUUGUCAAGCAUUGAAUACACAAUUAGAUAAGCCUAAGGAGAAAAGCUUUUUGCUUGAUAUGCAUUUGAAACCGCUGACGGUGAAAAUAAUUGAGCCACCCAAUUCGAUGGUGGCGGAUCGUCGCUACGAAGUCAUAUGUGAAUCAACCGGCUCACGUCCGAAUGCCAUCAUCACCUGGUACAAGGGGAAGCGGCAAUUGCGGCGCACAAAGGAUGACAUCUCAAAGAAUGUUACACGCUCUGAGCUGAGUUUUGUGCCCACCACAGAUGAUGAUGGCAAAUCCAUAACUUGCCGCGCUGAGAAUCCAAAUGUGAACGGCCUUUAUUUGGAGACAAUGUGGAAGUUGAAUGUCGUAUAUCCACCGUUGGUAACGCUGCGACUUGGUUCCACCCUCACACCUGAUGAUAUUAAAGAAGGAGACGACGUAUAUUUUGAGUGUCACGUACAAUCGAAUCCUCAAUGGCGGAAGCUCUUGUGGUUGCAUAAUAACAUUCACCUCGAACACAACACUUCCGCUCGCGUCAUACGCUCCAAUCAGAGCUUGGUACUGCAGAAAAUCACCAAACACUAUGCAGGAAAUUAUGCUUGCAGCGCCAUCAACGACGAGGGUGAAACUGUCAGCAACCAACUACCGCUGCGUGUAAAAUACACACCUGUUUGCAAGCAUUUGGAUCGUGUCAUACUAAUUGGCGCCUCAAAGGAUGAAACUGUCGAAGUCACGUGUGAAAUACAAGCGGAUCCGCCCCCCAGAACUUUUCGUUGGAAGUUCAAUAAUUCGGGUGAAACAUUGGAUGUUGGCAGUGAACGUUUCAGCGUAAAUGACAGCAGAAGUGUGCUUAAGUACACACCGAUAUCUGAUCAGGAUUACGGCACUCUAUCCUGUUGGGCUUCCAAUGAAGUUGGUACACAAAAUCAGCCUUGUCUGUUCCAAGUAGUGCUGGCGGCUCUACCCAAUGGCGUUUCAAAUUGCUCCAUCGUCAAUCGCACGGAUGUCAGUGUCGACAUUCAAUGCAUUCCCGGCUAUGAUGGUGGAUUACCACAGAUUUUCGUGCUCGAGAUGUUCUCUGCCCGUACAGGACUAACAAGAUUUAAUUUGACAAAUGUUGAGGAGCCACAGUUUUCACUGGAAAAUCUCGAUACAUUGACAUCAAUGAUGACACAGGAGAACAACUCACUGAAAUUGCGUAUUUAUGCUUACAAUCAGAAGGGCCGUAGUCCUUUGUAUCUGCUGUCGGAUUUCAUUAUUGGCUCGUCAGCAUACAAAUCAGCAGAUGAGGUAUCCAUUACGCUUUCGCCGGUGCUGGUUGGCAGUGGUCUUACCGUUGUCAUCAUUAGUUUGGCCAUCAUUGUGCGCAUAUUCAUUGUAACAUUUUUGCAUAAUUUGCGACGCAAUCAGCAGCACAGCAGCAAACCUAUAGCGACCGGUGUGGCAGCGCAGGCUGGCGAUGUACUGAAGUGCGGUGGCAUGGAAAAACCGCGUUGGCAGCAUACGGACAUUAAAACUAAAUCAUCCGAAGAUCUGGUGGAAGAUGAACGAGAUCCGGAUGUUAUACCAUCCCAAUACGUUACGGCUGGCAAUAGUAAUGGCGUCGGCGGUGGUGGUGGCAGCAGCGGAGGAAGCGGCAACGGCAGUAGUAGCAGCGGUGGUGGCGGCGGCGGCAGCGGAAGUGGCAACGCUGGCAGUUCUGAGCUACACUUCACACCAAUAGCAGCCACAAAGUGGUCACCAAAUUCCAAACAGCACCUUCCUGCAACCGCAUAUGACAACAUCACGCAGCUCGUCGCUGCUAAUCAAAUCACAGCACGUACAACACAUCUACUCUCGGGCCCAGCUACAGAUCCCAAUGGCAGUAGUAGUAGUGUCAUAGUCAAUGCUGUGGACACUGGCUUACUGCAUCACCAUCAACAGCAGCAGCAGCAGUUGCUGAACACUAAAGCAGCAGGAGCCGGAUCCGCAGCCGGAGCUAGUGCUGCAACGGUUGUCACAGCGACCCAUUCAGCGAAUGGCCUAAAUGAGGCACUAAUCGGUUCGCCCACCGCCGCGUACAAUGCCACCCACCAGCAGCAGCAGCAACAACAACAAUUGCAUGGCGCUGGCAGUGGCGGCACGUUGCCACCCGGUUUGGGCAGUGGCAGCGCUUACAUACUCAACAGUCUCAUCAAUAGUAAUGAGAGUUGCAAUAGCAACGGUAGCAUCAGUGGCAGCAACGGUGGACUGCAUCAUAAUGUAGUUGGCGGCACUAUAGGUCGUGCAACAAUGCUGCAUCACCACCAACAGCAGCAGCAGCAGUCACACCAUCCGCUACCCGUGCCACAUCCACUCGCAUACAAUACACUCGCCGGCACAACGGGUGUGAGUGCCAGUGGACGUCACCAUCAUAGCGCAUUGCCGUCGAUGUUGCUCACCUCACAGACGUCCGCGUCGUUAAGUGGGAUCGGGCUGUUACUGAAUGCCAGCAAUAAUAAUAGCAGUAGUAGUGGCGGUGCCAGCGGCCUGGGGCUGAGUAUGACGGGCGCGGCAACAGCAUCGGCGGCCUCUACAGCAACGACGUCCUGCAAUUCGUCCAGCGACUUGGAUGACAACAUAAAUAUAAAUGCCAUCAAGGAUUGCUUAAUGACACAGCGUGUGCCUGAAAGCUGCGUCUGAGCUGGCAAUUUAUGCAGUGCGCCGAGAAAGGCGCCAAGCAAGUCCUACAAGUGUGUGCUGCGACGUGAAGUCCGUGUUGUACGAACUCUCGUUAAGUGGUAUGUAUGAAUGUGUGCCGCAAGCAAGUGUAUGCCGUGUAUUGAAAAAAAUAAAGACAAAGUACGAAGUGUAUAGUGAAAUAGCUUACAAAGUAAAAGUAUGAGGCAUGAAAAUUUGUAAUGAAAUAAGUAAAGGUAUACCAAUAAGUCCAUACCAGUAAAUAUAAAUAGAUAUGUAUAAAGUUAAAACAAUGACGUUGCGCUAUAUUGGCUAAGUGGCUCUGAGCUGCUACCUGCUUCAGUACGUCCGUGACAAAUUGUAUUAAGCAUUAAGUGCAGUUAGAUUGAUGAGCGAGUAAAAAGUUUCCCUGCAAUUAGCACCAGCGCUGGUAGAGAAACUGACAAAUUCUUGCGGACGAAUGAUUAAGUAGAGUUAGCAAUUUCAUUUCUCAAAAUUCCAAAUAAACUUAAGUAGUCUACGACAUCAACUCUGAACAGUGCACACCAGUCACUGCGGUGCGCUCGUUUGAUUGUCAACUUUUACCGCAUUAUCUCCAUAGCCUUCAGAAAAUAUUAAAAUUUUAAUAAUGUUUAGCUUUCAGUAUCAAGGCGAAGAUUAAUCCAAAGAGAGUGCACUCACAAUAGUCAUAAAGUAUGUUGAUUUAAAAUUGUAGUAGGACUAGAAGAUUUUUGAGUGUUUAAAAAUGUUUUUCAGGCAUGAUCCAUGACUCGUCACUGUGAUUCAAGAAUUGGGUGUCACUUUCACACAUGUUCAAAUUUUCUUGGCACACUUCCACUCGCCACUAUUUCUGGUCGUCAGUCAGCACUUUUGUGACCAUCUUCGCGCACACCUUGCGCUUGUUCAAAUUCAUAUUUUGACAAAUUUAACAUCGCGGCAAUUAAAUGAAUACUUAGUCGACGGUCUGAGUUCAAAACUUUGCGCACUCUAGUCACAUUUUCGGUGUUUGUCGAAGACGCAGAUCUCCCAGUACGGUCUUCAUCAGCGACCUAUCCUCGGCCCUCCAAAAAGGCCUAGUGCCACUGAAACACACCACUUCUUGCUAAAGCAACAUCUGGGUAAGCCUGCUUGAACAUAUCAGACGUCUCUGUCACAGAUCAUAAAUUAUUUCAUGUUAUGUCACCUAAAGUGUCCACCUAAUUCUUUUUGCAAGAGCAAUUGUUCUCAUACGUUGUACUUAUAAAAGGCUUAUCAAAAGGUAAGAAUCUUCAGUCAUUGUGAGCUUUUCAGCACUUAUUGCAUAAACUCUCAACUGACUAAGGGUAGUUAAUUCAGUUUCUUAGACUAAAUUGUAAAAAAUAUGUUGCAAAAUAUAUUUUGAAACAUAAAAUCGAAGCAUAAUGAAUUUAAAAUAAUUUAAUUUAAUCACUAAAUUGACUAUGUGAGUAAAUAGCAUGAAGCUAUUGUAAAUAGGGCAAUUAAAAGUUAGUAAUGUAUAUAAAAUAAACUAAUAGUAAACAUUGUGCCACAUAUUGUAAAUAUAAAUAUUUAUUUUAAUAAUAUAUUAUAUAAAAAGGCAGUUCUAAUAAAAAAUCCUAAUCCAAAAUGAAAUUUUAUUUCAAAAUUCUCUAAGCACAUUUAAAAGUUACUAGCUAAUUGCUAAAAAUGUUUAUUUGAAACUACUAUAAGUAAAAGAAUAACACGUCAUAUUUAAUAACAAACCUCAAAGGUAUAUCAACUUUAGUUAAAAUAUUCAUAUCAGUAAGAAACUGUCAUAUCAUAUCGAAUGGUGUAAUUUGUCAAAGUUUCGAGAUUAGCGAAUCGAACAAACAAAAGUCAUAAACGAACUAACGAGAACUGAGAGAAUAUGACAAGCGAUUAUUGCACUCUAAUCAGGCAAGGACAUACUGUCUUGAGUUACAUUCAACUGGUUAACUUUAUUGUUGCUUCCACACAAAAUAAAAGAGGAAAUCUCAAGUAUAGUGAGCAGGUAAGUGGCGAAUCGAAUACGGCUUAAGUUAAUGAAGUACAUAUCCCCUAACAUAUCGUUUAUUAUAUAAACAUUCAAAUUACAUAGAAAAUUUUAAAAUUUUACAAAGCUAAGUUAUAUAUAUUUUUUGUUAAAGAAGAAAUGUUACCUGUGGUUGCACCGAAUCUAUAAUACCCUUCACAAAUAAAAAAUAUGCAUUACAAGAACUUUGUUCGCUCAGUUUGUGUGGCAUCUACACUAGGCAUCAAGUGAAAGUAUCAAUUUAACAGACGUUAUUUCAAUGCAUAUUUAUUAGAAUAAAUAAUCAGUAAACCAUACAAUAAUAUUACAUUUAGAUAGGCAUUUAAAUAAGAAAUUAUUAGUUAAUAUAUCUUUUUCCCGUAAUUGAACGAAACAAAAAAAUUUCACUUCAAAAUAAGAACUCUUAAACAGAGGUGGUCAAAUCAAAGUAUAAACUUUGAAGAAAAACACGAAACGUUUGCUUUAAAAUUUAUUCCACCAUUUGUUCUGAAUAACUGUGGGAAGAGGUUUGGCAUGCUUCGAACUAAAUUUUCUAAUAUUUUCAUCGGAAUAUCUUAACCCAUCAUCUUUAAGAAAAAUAAUUGCAUGUUUGUACGGUUACGGUUUGGAGUCCAAAAUUGACCACAAAUGCUCAAUUGGACUUUAGUCAGGCGACUGAGCUGACCAGUUCAGUUUUUCGGAUAAGCUUUCUAUUAAAAAUC